AUGUUUUUCCCCAGAAUUCUCCUCUUCCUCUUUGCCCUGCUCCUCCUCGCCACAGGCACAAUUGCGUGGCCCGAUUUCCGAGCCGUUCGUCCUGGAGACGGUGGCCCCGUGUUGACUGCUGGUCUUUUGACCGCGGUCUUCACUGGGGCCUUAUGGGGUCCUUAUCGCGUCUCCUAUGAACCUCCUCCCCUCCCAGAGUCGGUAUCCUUUGGUCUACCCAUCGACAAUUCAACGGCAGCGAUCUCCAACAGCUCUUCUUACGUCACCCCCGAAAUUAUAACCCUAACUGAUUUGGAGAUCGCUGUCAACGACAACCGCCGAACUCUGGAGCGGGUCGAUCUCGCCGUUUGCUCCUUGUCUUCGAAACCCCAACCUACUCUUACCGACAAUGCAAGCGUGCUGGACACCUGUACCGCCACCUAUUAUAUAGAAAAAGCUCCCGAGAGCACCAUCGUCCUCUCAAAAUGGCUCAUCAUCACACACAUGCUCAACAUUGGGCUUCUUGCAGCAUCUCCUGCAAUUCAACGAGUCUUGAUGACGUUGUAUCUCGGAGCCAUCUCGACAGCUCACCAACUGUACGCUGUCUGGUCAGACUUCUUCCCUCUGGCUAUCCGAGUCGUCGAAUUCCUGUACACUCCUUCCGGCCAAAGAGCCCUUGCUGUGCUGGCUCUCCUCCUGCUCGCAACCGCGAUCGACGCCUUCGUUCGAUGGGAAUGGACCCGCCGUGUUGCUAAAUCUGCGAAAGAUACCGCCAUCAUCAUGUGGUGGUAUUUCGUAGGCCAGGCCAUCCAUCACCCCGAGCUCAUGAUCGAAGCUACCUUGGAUAAAUAUCGGACUCGAAAGGUCCAAGCUGUCACUGCAUACCUCGAACAACAGACGGCUGAACGCAAACUUGCCGCUCGGAGAAGUGAGAUUGAGAUGACAGAUAUCAAGGCAAUGGCUGCAGAUCAGCUAAGAAAGGAGUACGAUUAUCUGAUCCCGGAGCUGCUCAGGAACAUCGACUUGUUGAACAAGGCUCGUGUCGCCGCUGAGCUCGCGGAACAUCGUGCGCAGCAGCUGGCCCGCGAAGCAGAUUAUGAACAGUCUCAAGUCGCUCUUGCAAGAGCCCAAGCCGAGCGCCAUGCCCAGGAGAAGGCGGCAGCACAGUCUCGUCUCGAAACGGCGCGACGAGAGCUAGAGGCCAAGGACGCCUAUCGAACAAUGGAACUCGAGCAUGCACGCCAUCAAGCCACCCUCGCACAGAUCGAGGCAGAACGCCUUGCAAAUGAUGAGGCGGCUGCUGCAUCUCGUCUGGAAGCUGCACGACAAGACCAGGAUGCUGAUGAAGUUCGCCGGUCAAUUGAAACCGAGCAGGAACGAUCCCUCGCCCUUCUCGCCCAGACAAGAUCUCUACGACUGGGCUUUGAAGAGGCCGCGGCAAAGUCCCGUCUUGAAAUUGCACGCCUUGAGAUUGAAGCUGCACAGCUUCAGAAGCAGGCUGCAGAUAUUCAGCGAUCUACGGCAGCAACCUCUGCUGCCGUCUCUACAACAAAGGUCGAGGUCCAAAAAGAGGCCAUCGCCUCAGCAAGCCGGGUGGCGUCCAGUUCGCCACAACAACUCUUCGAUGCUUCUUUCCCCUUCGGCUUUGACCGCAUCAUGGUAUCAUCAGACAAUCUACACUGUGGAUUGUAUGCGGUCAUCGCAAGUCUGACGUCUCAACACCCGACUCUGGACGUCUACCCCUCUGUGAAGGAUCUUCUGGACUGCUCAAAGGGUCCUGAAUACAAGAAGACAUGCGAGGAGUUCGCCUUAACCAAUGACGACAACUUCACCAUCGACCAGAUCGGUUUGAUGGUGUACCUCUUUUACAAGGACAAUACAAAUUAUAAAUAUAAUGUCCAAGUGGGAGGGAAGCCCAAGGACGCAGCGCCGUUCCUUGUACCCACUCCUGACAGUCAUAAAGAUGACUGUGUUGUUGUCUGGAUCUAUAACGAUGCCAACGGGCAGAUCGUGGAGUCGAGUGAUGGCGACUUCACCAUCUAUAGCCAUUACGAGGGCUUGCGUUCCAAGGCCCCUCCCGCUCUGACAGAGAAGUCAGAUGAAGAGGCAGAGGAGGAGGAAUACGCAAAGCUAUUGGCCCUCUUCGAUGACACUCCUGUCUCGACAUCGUCUACAUCUGGCGAUGUGAACCUGGCCGCCACUGACAACGAAGCUGAGAAAGCCGCCGAUGUCCAUUUCAAAGAGGACUCGGAGGUUGAUUCUACUGCUGCUGGACCAGGCACAACGACUUCGGGAACUGAUGUUCCCACCGAGCAGCCUUCCCCUGAUGCCCAUUUCAAAGAGGGCCAGGAAAUUAUUUUACAGGCACCGCUGCCAGAGGAGGUGCCACAAUCACUGACUGUUGCGGAGGCUUCCACAGAAGCACACGACCCGCUGCCUCUAAAGAGCGAGUCGAAGAUGCAGAGCGCGCAACAGAAAAGUGCUGGAAGCGAUAGCAUCGUUGAAACCAAGGAGGAGGAAGAAGAAGCUGUGGUGUCUGAACCAGUGGCAGAAACCGAUGCCCGAACCCAGACCACCCAGUCAAACCCUUGGGCGGGCAAUCUCAACGAAGACAUGUCCACCUGGUUUCGCCCUGAGUCGGAUACCGAGACCAAACCUGCGCCUCCGCCAAAGAAGAGUACGUUCGUUGCUAUCCCUUCGGCCCUCGACAACAACUCCUUCCCCGCCUUGUCGACUUCUUUCUCUUUCAGCUUGAACCCCGCUCCACAGGAGCCUGUUGUUGCUGCUCCUAAAGAGUCGGUUGUUGCUGCUCCUGAAAAGCCGGUUGUUGAGACGCAGCCGCCCGUCCAGGAGACGUCAAUUGCGCUUACGGGUGCGGCAGCCGAGUUGACGCCAGAAGCUCGGAAGGCGUUGAUGGAGGCAAUCACUUGGCACCUCAACAAGGGGCAGAAGCUUGACAUGGCACAAGCAAACGAGGGCUCAAAAUUAUCCGAGCCCCAAGCCGAGAAGGAAGCUUCUGGACUGCCUUUGGAAAUCGCGCCUCAGAAGGAGGUCGCCGAUGAAGCUCGCCAAGUGGGUGGUGUUAUCCGUGGGACUUCUCGUCAGAAUGAAACAGUUUCUGAUCGACGUGGAUCAAUUUUGAAGUCCAGCAUCCGCAGAUCCCUGAGCCCUAAGAAGUCAUCCAGGGUGACAUUCAGAGAGCCUUUGGAAGAUGUGGCCAAGGAAGAGCCUGAGACCAGCAAUCAGGCACCUGUUCCAGAGCCAAGUCCUGAGACAGCGCCUCUACAGAGCGCUGCUGCUGAUGUUGUUCCUGGGGACGCCGGUGCUCCUCUCAAAGGGCAACAAUUAUCUUCCUUCAAUCUCCCAUUUCGAGGACAGACCACCUCUGAUGGCACCUGGCAGCGACCAGUCCAGCCAGUCCAGGCGGCAAACGCACAUCAGCCGCAGCAAGCUCAAGGACCUCGGGAACCGACACGACGUCCACAUGACACCGUUGGAGCGCAGAAUCUCAAUACACAGGACCCGCGAAUGGCUUUCCGUGAUCCAGCACGCGAUGCCAAUGAAUCCAACAGUGACGAUGAAGGGUCGGAGUCGCCGUUCAGCAAACUAAAUGACACAGAGCCGUCUCGAGUGGUCAAUACAUCAAGCAUGGACAUUACUGGCGAGCCCUCGUGCGCCGAGGUUCAGCGCUCUCUGUCUCCUGAGCUGGAGCGCCUGACUCAAGCGCUGAACUUGGAGGAUCCAUCAAUCCAUUCUGAUGUAGGUAUGGGCGAUGCAGCUGGAGGCUUCGAUGUCCAGGAUUCCUAUUUCCAGAAUCUCUUGAACCAGGACAUUGACUUUGGUGGCUCUAUACAAGAUACUGACAUGCUGGAUCUCCCUUAUAACGAAGAGACCAUGGCACAGCUUGGCUUCGACUUUCCCGAGUCAUCUGACCCGAUGGCCUCGCUGGGUCCUGGAGACCUUAGCCUGCUCGUUCCAGCCACCAAUGGCUUCGUAUUCCAACAGAACGACCAAGCGAGCAUCCCCGGAAUCGGUUCAGAGACUUUCAAUACUGCCCAAGAAAACUUCGCUUCUGGAUAUGGUUUGAGAGGCAAUACGCCUCCAAUUUCAUAUGUCCAACCAUGGCAGCUGCACUAUCAAGGACUAUAUACUGCUGCAGGGACCAUGGACUUCGGGACCUCAACCUUCAUUCCCCAAGACCUGACUCUAGGGAGUAUGGCCACGAAUGAAGUUCAGGUUGUCCACCCUGAAGCCAGUAUGCAAGAUAUCCUGGUCGGCGACAAUGCUACAGGGACGAUGGGCUUCGGAACCUCGAUUGUUGUUCCACAAGACCUGAGUCUAGGGAGUAUGGCCACGACUGGAGUUCAAAUUGACCAGCUCGAAGCCAUCAAUCAAGACACCCUGAUCAGCAACAAUCCUCUGGCCAUCGAAGUCCCUGUCGCCGAAGUCCCUGACACCGAAGUCUACAGCCCCAUUGACGAUAACGCAGUGUACCAAGAGUUCAUGGCCAAUUUCAGCCCAUUGCAGUCGCCUGUUCUUCCUUCCGUACAACCAGAGGCAGUUGUGAUCGCCAAUUUCAGCCCUUUGCAGUCGCCGGUUCUUCCUUCUGUACAAUCAGAGACAGUUGUGCCCUCCAUCGAGGACGAGUCAGACCAGAGCAGUCUUGACUUGGAUGGGGACAAGCACAACCCUCCAGGUUGGAAGCCACAGUCAGUGGCUGAUGAUCCCGAUGCAUCAGACGGCGCACAAGAUGCUGAGCUGGAUCGGAUCAUGGGACGAGUGUCAGAGCCGAACGAUAAUAGCGCCAUCAACGAGCCGACCACUUCAAGCAAACCCACCGAGGGCAAAGGCAAGGACCAAGCGGCUAAAUCGGGCUCAAACGAUGGUAGCAACAGCAACAAGCCGACGCGCAAGCCCAAGGCUCCAAAACUCACCGAGGAAGAUAUAAUGGACCAUGCAUGGAACCUCUUCCGAGACCUUCGGGCGCCGGAGCAAGAUCAAGUGUCGAACAGUGGCAACGUUUCGCGAGACAGCUCGAUUGAUCGACUCCUUCGAUCUGACUCCGAGAGUUCUGAUGGCUCGUUUGAUCCAACACCGCCGGGUGGGUACGACUCGAAUGAGGACAACGACAACGACAGCCUGAACUCGACGGACUCGGAAGCCGCUGAGCGUGCCGCGAUUGAACGUGCCUCCCAACAGCUGAAGCUCUUUGACGCCGCUGGUGUAACCCACCAAGAUUCAGAUUCGGACGAUGAUGGCCGCGCUUCACAAGGCAGCAUCGAGCGAAUGCUCCUGCAGGAAUAUGACCACUCAACCACCUCGUCAGAAGAGUGUGACAAUCCAGAGAGUGGCGAUUCAGACGACAACAUCCACACGAGACGCCGUCGCGACAAUAACACUGUCAAGAGCGGAGACUUCUCGGUGGCAGCGGGCUGUCCUCCCACUGAGGAUGCUGAAGAAGACCCAUGGGGAGACUCAUAG